AUGGCUUUCCAGGACGGCGUCAACAGCGGUGCUGGGCUGGCUAUUCGUGCCAAUGCUGCGUCCUACCUCAACCCGCGAGCUGGACAACCGCAGUACUCCAUUGCCCAACAGCAGAACGGAACAAACGCCACAAUUCCCACGGCUACUGCGAAUCUUUUCCUUGACAGUUUUCCUUCGGAUGAUUUCGAGUUUGUCGCAUCUGUCGUGACUGCUUGUCCUGACCAAACCGUUUACGCCGUGCGAUGUACCAAAGGGCCAGAUAUCGCGACCUUGCCUGGAUUUGGAGGAGAAAUAGACUCGGGCUGUAAGGAUCAUCGAGAGUUCACCAUCACCCAGAAUCCAUCCCUAUACAUCCACUCCACUGUCGCGCCGUACAGUUACAUGCCGAGCGCAGCCCCCUCCGCCUCCAAUCCCGUCAGCGAGGGACCCUGGACGACGCAGACCAAGUCUUUCUGGGAGACUUGUGAGCUGCACGGCACCACGUCGGCUCUCUGCGACGUGUCGGUGAGGCUUAUGGAUGACUUUGGCACGACGACCAUGCCGGAUACGGGCAGUGCUCUGUACCAGGCAGCGGGCACGAUGUAUCACCGCUACGACGUUGCCAUCACGGCCGGAGCCGAGAAGACUGCGAACCCCACCGGUACUUGUGCGCCUGUGCCCACGGCCGCGGCAGCCGGCCUCAGCGCAAAGGCUGCCGCUCUUUGGGCUUUGACUGGCGUUAUUGGUCUUGCCGGAAUUCUGGCGGCCUGA